AUGGCUCUGUGUGCGUCCAAGUCGGUGGCCAAGCAGAUGGCGAGCACGUCUGCCGACGACACCGAAGAGACCACAUUCAACGAGGUGCGUCACACAAUGGAUGACCGACACACAGAGAUGAUGAUGCCUGUUGGUCUGUCUGUCUGCCCUCUCUCUCUCUCUCUGUGUGUGUGUGAUUGUGAUUGUGAUUGUGAUUGUGAUUGUGUGUUCAGGUUGAGAAGUUGCAGGAGAUGGGCAUCAACAUGGCCGACAUCAACAAGCUGAAGGGCGCCGGCUACGCGACCGUCAUGAGUGUCAUCCAGAGCACCAGCAAGGAACUGACGCAGAUCAAGGGACUCAGCGACGCCAAAGUCGACAAGGCACGCAUGCAACACACCCACAUCCACACACCUCUCUGGCCAUCCAUCCAUCCAUCCACCCCACAACUCUUGUGUGUGUGUGUGUGUGGAUGUGAAGAUUCUGGAGGCGGCCCGCAAGUUGGAGGCGUGCAAUGCGUUCAUGAGCGGGUCGGACCUGAUGACGAAGCGCAACCGAAUCCUCAAGAUGACGACGGGCUCCAACAACCUCGACAAGCUGCUGGGCGGAGGCAUCGAGAGCAUGUGCAUCACAGAGCUCUUCGGAGAAAACAGAACCGGCAAGACACAGGUGAGUGACAUGAAUGACAAGGAAGAGAGAGAGGCCACGCCACGACCUGCACCGAUGAAUGUGUAUGGGCGUGUGUGUCUUUGCAGGUGUGUCAUACGUUGUGUGUGACGGCUCAGCUGCCUCAGAACAUGAAGGGCGGCAACGGCAAGGUCAAACACUCACACAUCUACACACACACACUCUCCUCUCCCUCUGUAUCUCCCUGCAAUUGGUGUGUGUGUGUGUGCAGGUGUGCUACGUGGACACGGAGGGCACGUUCCGACCCGAGAAGAUCAUCAAGAUCGCCGAGCGCUUCGGGCUCGAGGGAGACGCCGUACUCGACAACAUACUCGUACGCACGCUGACUUGACCAGCCCACACACACAAACAGGCAAACACGUGUGUGUGUGUGUGUUGUGUAGUAUGCCAGGGCGUACACCCACGAGCAGCAGAUGGAACUGUUGAAGGCGGCGGCGCAGAAGAUGGUCGAGGAGCCCUUCGCACUCCUCGUCGUCGACAGCAUCAUGGCGUUGUUCAGAGUCGACUUCUCGGUACACAUACAGCCACUCAAGACACACCACACCCCCUUCCAUGUAUGUGCGUGUGUGUGUCGUCAGGGCCGCGGUGAGUUGAGUGAGCGUCAGCAGCUGUUGGGCAAGAUGCUGUCUCGCAUCAUCAAGCUCUGCGACGCCUUCAACAUCGCCUGCGUCAUGACCAACCACGUCAUGUCCGGUCCGCGACUCACACACACCCACACACGUGCCACACACACACGUGUUUGUAUGGGUUUUGAUGUGUGGGUGUGCAGACCCUGGCGGAGGUCUGACGUUCGCCCCUCAGUUCAAGCCCAUCGGCGGUCACGUGCUCGGACAUGCGUCCACCGUGCGUCUCUCGCUCCGCAAGGCAAGACGCACCCACACCAACACACAGCUACCGACCGGGUCCAUGUGUGUGUGUUGUGUGUUGUGUGUUCAGGGCAAGGGCGACCAGCGCAUCGUCAAAGUCUACGACGCACCCAACCUGCCAGGUCACACACACACACACACACACGUGUGAAUGUGAAUCCAUCUGUUUGUGUAUUCGUCAGAGAGUGAGGGCAUCUUUGCCGUGAGUGACGCCGGCAUCGUCGACGCCGAGUGAUCAACCAAGACCACACAGGCACACAGACUGACAGACAGAC